AAAGAAAAAUAACACAAAUUACGUUUUUAAUUAUAUUUUUUGGGUUUUUUAAAUUUUGUCGCACUUUGGGGAAUUUUGUGGGUGGGUUGGCAAACUUGCCCCCCUUCCUUUUCUGUUUUUUGACAGUGACGCGAACGUGUGCGAUGGCUCCGACAAAACCUGCCCCAGCCUUGAAGCCCCAAGCUAAGAAACAACAAAUCCGCGGUAAAGGGUUAAAGAAGAAGAAGGUGGCAUUGCGGUUCGUCAUCGAUUGUACUCACCCUGUCGAAGACAGCAUUCUCGAUGUUGCGAGUUUCGAACAAUACUUGAAAACUAAGAUUAAGAUUAAUGGAAAAACCGGAAAUUUCGCUUCGGGGAAAGGGAGCCAACAUGCUGUUACUUUAGGACGCGAGAAGAGCACGAAAGUCGUGUUAAAUUCGGAAAUUCCGUUCUCGAAGCGAUAUUUGAAGUACCUCACGAAGAAAUACCUCAAGAAGAAUAAUUUGAGGGAUUGGUUGCGAGUUGUAGCAUCCGGGAAAGACAGCUAUGAAUUGAGAUACUUCCAGAUUAAUAGUCAGGAAGACGACGAUGAGGAAGAUAAUGAGUAAAAUUUUUUUAUUAAACAAUUGACUCGUAA